GUAAAUGUAACCGUCUGAGCUGCAUCAGCAGGUGCUAGGAGCAGAGAGACCGCGUAACUAAUUUUGUAGAAUAAGGUUGUAACCUAAUUAGUCUGCAGUCGUCUAGGAUCGGGUUAGGACACAUCUGCAAGUCAUGCUGAAUUGUGGUGUAGACAGUCCGUGUACUUCGGUAACUUCUGCUAGGACGUAGCCGAUGUCCUCCUGGGUGGUUGUAACCAGUUAGCUUUUGCACAAGAAACAUUUCUGUGAAGUCACACGUGCAAGAAGAUGACUUCCAGGUAUUCAAACUUGUCCUACUGUUGAAACUCAGACUAGACGUUUAUAUAAUAUCCUACUUUUAUAGGAAGAACAUUUCUCCUAAAUGUAUGUGAUAAAUCCAUAUCAGGAUGCUAAGCCUUGCUGGAAGCUAACAGGCCGUGGGUCUGUCGUGGGUCUCUGCGUGUGUGUCGGUGGCUGGUGGGACUGGCUGAGAAGUAAUGAAGCCUUUUACUUUAGAAGUAGCUCUUUUCUACAGUUAAUACAUUAUAUUAAGGAAUCCAGAUGUAUCGACUGCAGUCUUUAGGUGAGUUUAUUAAUGGCGAAGUUAGGUAAGUUUCAAAUUCACCCUCUUGUUUAUUGUAAUAACCCAGAAUUCCAGUAGAUGUCACUAGGCUCUCACAGUGUUCUUAAUUUAUUUUUAAAUGGGUAAUGUGAUAGAGCUAUGAUGUCACUAAAAUCCAUUUUACGUUCUUGGGAAAUUUUACCUAUAUAUCCUUAAUUCAACCUGUUGUUCAUAUCAUAUUUUGGCUGCAUCCUGAGAGGAAGAAAUUCACAUUGUGCAUUCUGUAUUUAAAAUUAUUCCAUUUUUCUCAAUAGGUAGGUGAUUUUUUUUUCCAGACUUAUUAUCUUUAUAACUUCUAAUUUUUGUUUUUAGCGAUGAAAGCCUAGUACUUUAAAAAUACUGGUUAAGAAAAUACCAUCUUUUGGAUUGCUUGUUGCUAGCAUCCAUAGGGGCUAAUAGGUUUACAUUUAAUUUUUAUAUUGUUCAACCAGUCAUUGAUUCUUGCUGAAAAGACAGAGUGAUCAUUUAACAUAGUUCUGCUUUCAAUAAAGAGGUACUAUGCCAGUGAAAAUAUUUUGCUCGUAACUUCUUUAUCAGAGGUCAAAAUAAUGCAGAGAAUUUAUGUACAAUUUAAGAAUGUGUGAAAAAAAAAAGUCCAACCUAUACAAAGGAAAAAGGAAAUAUACCAAAAACCUGCUCAUUUCAAGAAAAGCUUUCAGAGGACUACCUGAAGUACUGCUUCUGGAGCUGGAGUAAAUGAUGGACCCUUUAUAAAAAAAAAUUAUAGAAGCCUAUUUCAGAAAGAAGUCAGAGUAGCGUUUCAUGCUAUGCAUAAUAUUCCACUAUUACUGCAGAUAGCAUUUGUAUUAGUAAUAGCGGUGGUUUUGUAAAAAUUAUGAUCUAAAUGAAGACAAAAUGAUCUAAGGUUCGAUCGAAACCUUGUCCUUGCUCUGCCAAAGCAUCAGGUGUCCUACCCGCUGAUCAUCGUCUGGGUGUUUGCAGUUAAUCUUUGCAACUCGUAUUUUUUGAGGCGCGUUAAAAGAAGAACCCAACAAUAUUCACAUUUACCUUAACAACGCCGUUAAAAAAGGGCUUUCUUCGAACCCUGACGCUUAUGUUUACUAGCUCUGCGAUCUUGGACGAGCCUCUUCAACUUCAGCACUCACUAAGCAUCCGUACGUUGUUUUAUAAAAUUGAGCAAUAAAAGGGAAGGAAAUACUACUACAUCCAGCAACGUGGAUAAAUCCCAAAACAUUAUGCAGAGUGCAGGAGGAGCAGAACGGUGCACAGUGAACACUCAAAACACCGACAACCCGGCACCAAGCUCGUCAUCCACCGCUGAAUGCUAGACGUUACCUUCAAUAAUAUCAUCCCAUCGUUGCUUAAGAUAAUUAAGGCCGUUUUUCAGCUUGAGCAGUGCAAUCUAAACAACACCAUGCUUGAACAUCGGGUGUCCAUUAGCUCAUGUUCCUAAGUUCACCUCUUCGGUUGAUCAAUGGCGAUAAAUCGAUGACCACACCGAACUUUACUCUGAGGACUUACAAUAGGGAAUUAAGUUGAAAAAUUACCCAGUUUUUAAUGCAGUUUGAGUUAAUUACUUAUGCUCUUAUUGCCCUUACUGGUUAUGCUGUUCUUAUUGGAUUCUGGAAUAAAAAAAAAAUGGUCAGUUAAAAUGGUUGUGUUGUUUUAGUCAAAAUACUCAACAGUAUUUGACUGAACUAUAAGGCUUGUCACAAAAGGACUUAGACAGAUGUUGUCAAUAAUUAACUUUUCCUUCAGAAGUGCUGUGUACUUAACGAGGAAUCCCCAGCGUUCUUCAUUAGCUUCGUUGACAUCUUUAAGCACACCACGAAGAUGAGGUCGAAAGAUUUGUCUUUUAUCAUCAUAUUAAUCAUCUCAGGAGAACUCUAUGCAGAAGAGAAGCCCUGUGGUCUCCCUCGUGUGGAAAACGGAAGGAUUGCCCCGUAUUACUACACGUUUGGAAGUUUUUACUUUCCAACGAGAGUAGAACAAAAAUUGUCCUUUUCCUGUCUGGCUGGUUACACAACCGAAACUGGGAAACAAGAGGGCAAGGCCACCUGUACGACAGAAGGCUGGGCUCCGGAACCGAGGUGCUUCAAAAAAUGCACUAAGCCUGACCUGGUGAACGGUUUCAUCUCUGACGCAAAAUUAUUGUACAAAUUUCAAGAGGACAUGCGUUACAGCUGUGCCUCGGGGUACAAAACCCGGGGUGGACGGGACGAAGAGGUGGUCCAGUGUCUUGCUGACGGGUGGUCUUCUCCACCAGCCUGUGGGAAGGAGCACGAGACAUGUUUGGCUCCUGAAUUGCAUCAUGGGAAUUAUUCCACGACACAGAGAACAUUCAAGGUGAAGGACAAAGUGCGGUACGAAUGUGCCCCUGGCUACUCCACAGCUGGAGGACUGAGGGCAGAGGAGGCAGAAUGUCACACGUACGGAUGGUCUCUCGCCCCCAAAUGCACCAAAUUAAAAUGCGCUUCCUUAAGAUUAAUAGAAAAUGGUUAUUUUCGUCCUACGAAGCAAACCUAUGAAGAAGGAGAUGUAGUACAGUUUUUCUGUCACGAAAAUUAUUAUCUCAGUGGAUCCGACUUGAUUCAAUGCUACAACUUCGGCUGGUACCCAGAACCUCCCGCGUGUGAAGGAAGAAGAAAUCGGUGUCCUCCACCACCUCUGCCUCGAAACUCCAGAAUCCAGACAUAUUCUAUGACAUAUCGUCACGGAGAAACGGUUCGUAUAGAGUGUGAGCUGAAUUUUGAGAUGCAGGGCUCGGAAGAAGUACAUUGUGAUCAUGGAAAGUGGACGGAGCCUCCGCAAUGCACGGAAGAAAAGGAGAGGGUGGCCUGUGAGGCACCACCGUUGGUUGAGAACAGCGCAGCCAACCUACGCUCAGAGGUGUAUCACAGCGGGGACAAGGUGACGUACAGGUGUGAGAGCGGCUAUCACCUCCGGGGACCAAAAGAAAUUACCUGCAAACGCGGAACGUGGACUCUUCCCCCCGAGUGUGUCGAAAAUAUCGAGAACUGUAAGGCUCCGCCUGUUGUGAUUAACGGGGCCGUGGUUGGCGGGCUGUUGGCCAGCUACCCAGCGGGGUCCUCGGUGGAAUACAGAUGUGAUGAGUAUUACUUACUGAAGGGGGCGCAAAAGUCUCAGUGCGAGCAAGGACAAUGGUCACCCCCACCUGUCUGCCUAGAGCCAUGCACCAUUCAUGAGGAUUACAUGAACAGAAAUAACGUAGAGCUGAAGUGGCGGCUGGAAGGCCAGUUCUUACAUGGAGAUUUAAUAGAUUUUGUAUGUAAACGAGGAUUUGAUUUAUCCCCAUCAACCCCACAGUCUGAAUUAUCUGUGCAGUGCGAUAGAGGAGAAGUGAAAUACCCUUUGUGUUUGAGAAAAGAAUCGAAAGAAGUAUGUGCAUCUCCUCCACUUAUUAGCAAUGGCGUCAUUAUUAGUUCAACAGUAAGCGCCUAUGAAAACGGCUCCUCGGUAGAAUACAAGUGUUUUGAUCACCAUUUCCUACAAGGGUCUAGAGAGUCCUACUGUUUAGAGGGAAGGUGGACCCCACCUCCAGUUUGUUUGGAGCCUUGCACAUUAUCUUUUGUUGAAAUGGAAAACAAUAAUUUACUCUUGAAAUGGAAUUUUGACAACAGACCAUAUAUUUUGCAUGGCGAGUACAUUCAUUUUCUUUGCAAGAGAGAUACUUAUAUAAUCGAGUUAUCUAUUAUCAGAUCUGAAUCUACAGUGCAAUGUGACAGAGGGCAGUUAAAAUAUCCAAAAUGUAUUCCAAGAGAAAGGAUGCUGUCUUAUCAAGAACACUUAAGGACAUAAAAUGAAUGGCAGAAAGAAGAAUCAUUAUUUCAACAGUUUAAAACCCUUUACGAAACAUGAUUUUUAAAAGAACAAUGUUGGAUUAAAAACCUCUGAGUUUUCACUUGCCUGAAAAUUUGAAUCUAAAUUGAUUAUGACUCUUUUCUUUAUCUGUGAAUAAAAGCCAGAACGUGUCCUUUC